GAGAGAGACAGCACUCAUGGUGACUGCCGAAUAAGCGCCCAUCCCAACGCGUCUUGCCCGGUCGCGAUCGGUGAUUCGGACGCGUCGGUUUGCAUGCGUUCGCCCCCCUUUCCCUUUGCAACUCUCCGCACUGGCGUCGUCCUGUCGGCAGCCUUGACUACUUGAAGUUAAAGAGCAUCAUCCCGUACGACUACAGAACGCAGCCAUCAUCAUGUCUCGAGCUGCCGCCAGGCUUUCCUUUCUCCCCGCCCGCUGCCUGCGCAACCGAUCUGCGGUGAGAGGCUCCUCGAGGGCAUAUACAACCACGGCAGAGCUGCCUCGACCGCCUCCCAAGGAUUCCCCGGAGGCGGAGGUCUUCGCGGCGCCAUCCAAGCCCCGUCCCUACAAGCGGCCACAGAGAGACUUACCUCCUCUCCAGAGGCGGUGGCCCAUCAUCCUCGCGUUCAGCACCGUCGGCGUCGCCUCCUGGGGCGCGUUCCUCGCAUGGAGCCAUAACCAGGAGAGGCUUCAUAGCUCAAUCGUCCGGCAGAUACUGGAGAACCUGCGUGACAGUCCUGAGCUGAACGCGGUGCUGGGCGACGCGAUCCGCCCCGAGCCCAUCUGGUGGCUGAACGGCGACCCCUGGAUCAACGGUUCGGUCCAUAUGAUGCAGGGCAACAUUGAUGUGAGCUUCAGGAUCAAGGGCCACAAGGGCUCAGGAACACUAUAUUUCACAAGCAUACGUAAAGCCAAAGGCGAACCAUUCACCAUCAUUCGUUAUAAGGUCAUAGCCGACGAUGGCACUGAGGUUGACAUUCCGUCACAAUCACACUAAGCUUACAGGUACCAUACUUCCGAUAGAAGUUUAAUGACUGAUGGACAUAGAAUACCACCCCAAUGUAGACCUUCCGCCAUGACAUUCGGAGGCCUCAGCGAGUAGCGACAGUCAGAUCGG